CUGAUAUCAUCACAAGUGUCUUCUGAGCUUUAUUUAUUAAAAACGCGACUCGAAACAAUUUAUUCCAGACUUGUAAGUGAAACACACAAAAUGUUUCCAAAAUUUGUAAUUCUCGCCCUUUUCGCGUUAACAACAACUCAAAUUCAUGCUGCGACUGACAAGGUUAUUUGUUAUUACGCCAGUUGGGGGGCCCAGAGGCCCGGCAACGGCCAAUUCGUCCCUGAAGACAUCAACCCUGACCUGUGCACUCACAUAAACUACGCCUUCGUUGGUCUAGACAAAGACUGCAAUAUCCAGGUUUUGGACGAAGAAAACGACAUCAACCAAGGCGGUCUCAAACGAGUCAGUGCCCUAAAAGAGAAAAACCCCAACUUGAAGGUAAUGCUUAGCGUGGGUGGGGCCACAGCCAGCCCUGACUCGUUCGUAGCAGCUGCUAACGAUCCAGAAAAAAUGAAAAAUAUGACAAGUAGCGCUAUUGAAUUUUUCGAAACUUAUAACUAUGACGGUUUGGAUGUCGACUGGGAGUAUCCGCAGGAUAAAGCGACGUUUAAUCGGCUUUUGCAAGGGUUGAAGGACGCUUUCGCACCCAAGGGGUAUUUGUUGACGGUUGCGGUCAACUCCAUCCCGGGGGAAGUUGGGGGCUAUGACAUCCCGGCAAUGUCCAAUGUCUUGGACAUUAUAAACGUCAUGACUUAUGACUUCCACGCAAUGUGGGCCGGUUUCACUGCCGAAAACUCGCCCCUUUAUGGAGGGGUCAACGAAAGUGAUUGGCAGCAACAAAAUCGCAAUGCCGAUGCUGCAAUUAGGUACUGGUUGGAUGGUGGUGCAGACCCACAAAAAGUCACAAUCGGAAUUGCUUUCUACGGCCAUCAUUUUAUCCUUUCUGACCCCAGCAAACAUGGGCUUAAUGACGCCACGGCGGCUCCUGGCGAACCCGGGCCAUACACAGUCAACUUGGGCAGUUUGGGCUACAAUGAAAUUUGUGAAUUUCAUAGAAAUGGCACUGUGGUGUUUUUGGACGAUAUGAAAGUGCCCUACAUGUACGAGGAUACGUUUUGGAUUGGUUACGAUAAUGAACAAUCCGUUACAAUUAAAACCGAAUAUGCGAAAGAGAAGAAUCUAGCCGGUGUGUUUAUUUGGUCCAUUGAAACCGACGAUAUGCACGAGUUCUGUGGCGAGAAGAAUGGACUGUUGAAGGCUGUUAAUAAAGCAAUCAAACGACCACAACGUCAAUUUUUCCCAAAUCUCACUACAAUGAAAUCGGCCGCAAUCCUCGCCCUUUUGGCCCUUUCCCUGGGCCUCGCCUCCUCAGCAAACGUCGUCUGCUACUUCACAAGCUGGACGAUCUACCGUGAAGGCGACGGCCAAUUCGCAGCCAAAGACGUGGACCCCACUCUUUGUACGCACAUUUUGUACGCGUUUGUUGGACUUAACGAAGAUGGUACUAUCAAUAUUUUGGACGACUGGGAAAUCACUGGUCUUGAGGAAAUCAAGCAUUUGGUGAGUCUUAAGCAACAAAACCCCGACUUGAAGUUGUUGCUCAGUAUGGGAGGGUGGAACGAAGGAUCGACCACGUAUUCCGAAGUUGCGAAAAAUCCUGGUAAAAGGGCGACUUUAGUGACCAGCGUUUUGAGCUUCUUGAAGGAGAAUAAUUUCGAUGGGUUUGACUUGGACUGGGAGUACCCGGGACAAAGGGAUGGGGAUGAGGCAAAUGAUCCCGACAAUUUUAUCACACUUUUGGGUGAACUCAAAUCGGCGCUAAAUGCCCAGGGUUAUUUGCUGUCGGCUGCAGUCUCUGGUGGAACUGGUUCGAUUGAUAUUUCCUACCCUAAUGCCAAAGCUGUUUCUGAUAAUCUUGAUAUGAUCAAUGUGAUGACGUAUGACUACCAUGGCGAUUGGGAGCAAUGGGUGGGACAGAAUGCACCUCUCUAUGCCUCACAUUUGGACCAAGAUCCUGAUCUCAAUGUUGCUGCAGGAAUCCAAUACUGGAUUGACUUGGGCGCCGACCCCAAAAAAAUCAACAUUGGUAUUGGAACCUAUGGACGCAGCUUCACCUUAGCUGACCCCUCAAACACCGAACUGUACGCCCCUGUAACUGGAACCGGCCAACCCGGCCCUUACACCGACGAGGCUGGAAUGCUGGGCUACAACGAGAUUUGUGCCCUUUACAGCGACUGGACCGAGACUUGGGACGACGAACAAAAGGUCCCAAGAAGGGUCAAAGGCGACCAAUGGGUCGGUUUCGACAACGUUAAGUCAAUCCAGUUGAAAAUGCAAUUUGCGAAGGAAAAAGGGCUAGGUGGAGCCAUGGUCUGGUCGCUCGAUACUGACGACUUCUUGGGCAAAUGUGGGGAGAAAUAUCCGCUCCUUAAGGCCAUCAAUGAUAAUUUGUAAAAAAAAAAACACUAUGAAUAAUAAAAAAUAAUUUUCUCCUUAA